AUUACUGUGUGAGAACAUUUCAACAGAGUGAAGUUUGGACGAACAUACUUAGCGCCUUCGCCGUUUUCUAUUAAAUAUUCUGACUGGCAAGUGGCAGCUGUAGUAUCGUUGGGACUUUUUUGGACUUUUAGGCCCGUAGGUGUGACUAUGGAGGUAGUCCGUGUGUUUUUGUGUGUGCUGUCCGUGUUUGUUGCCUUACUCUCGGAGAGGUUUGUGGUGUUGGCUGCCUUCUCUCAGUCUCUAGACAGCGACUUCACAUUCAGUCUACCCGCCGGUAGAAAGGAGUGUUUCUACCAGACUAUGAAGAAAGAUGCCUCGUUGGAGAUUGAAUAUCAGGUAUUAGAUGGUGCAGGUCUUGACGUAGAUUUCUACAUCUCUUCUCCCUCUGGUCAAGUUCUUUUCAGUGACUACCGCAAGUCAGAUGGAGUGCACACGGUUGAAACCGAGGAUGGAGACUACAUGUUCUGCUUUGACAACACGUUCAGUGCCGUCUCUGAAAAGAUCAUCUUCUUUGAGCUGAUCCUGGACAACAUGGAAACAGAUGAAGACCCAGAUGACUGGAAAGAGUAUGUCCAUGGAACAGACAUACUGGACAUGAAGCUGGAGGACAUCAUGGACACCAUCAACAGUGUGAAGGCUCGACUAGGCAAAAGUCUGCAAGUCCAAACAGUGCUCCGAGCGUUUGAGGCUCGUGACCGAAACCUUCAGGAGAGUAACUUUGACAGAGUGAACUUUUGGUCCAUAGUCAAUCUCAUUGUUAUGGUGUGUGUAUCUGGGGUUCAGGUGUACUUGGUCCGCUCCCUGUUCGAGGAUAAACGGAAAGUUCGUACAUAACACCAACCUAUGUGGGAAGACAGAGAGAGGAAAGCACUUGUCCCCAGAUACCUUUAGAAUCUUCUCAGCAUCUGUCUUGGCUCUGGACUGAAACUCAAGAUGUUAUAAUUACAUACAAAUACACACAUAUUUUUCCCAACAUGCUUAAUAACAAUCUUGCCACAGUUACCGCUCUGAUUUUCAGUCCACUGCAGUAUGAGGGAGUUUGGAACAGGGUCUUCUUGCAUCUGUCAACCCCUGUACUUUUUUUAACCCUCUGUCUUUUUCAGACUCUGCUCUCUUAAAAUAAUGUAUGUUGUUUGGUAGAGCUCCCUAGUUGCUGUAAUUCCUUAACUAACAUGGAAGUUUAUAAUAGAAUAAUUUUUUAACAGAACUCAAAGUUAUGACUUGGCAGUGGUCAAUUGUAAACUAUGUUUUUCUUCAGUUGUUAAGAUUAAAGGUUCAGUGUGUAAGAUCUAGGGAGAUUUAGAAGGGUCUGAUUACAGAAGUAGAAUACAACAUCAGUGUAUAGUCUGAAGAAAAGAAAAUAAGAAUGGUGCUUUCAUCAUGGUGGAAUGAACUGUUUAUUUACAGAAAGACCAAGUUCCCUCCAUGGACUUCAUUCUGAUUUGCCAUUUUUCUACAGAAGCUUUUUUUUUAAAUUUAUUUAUUUUUUUAAUAGUGAAUGAAAUCCACUGUAAAAGUACAUUAGCUUUGAUGUUGUGAGUGUGGACCAGUGUUAAUAUCCAUGUAACCCAAACAGUUACUGGCUUUUUAAAAUAUUUUUAGUAGCUACUGUAGAAGAAGGUGAGAUGAGGGGUAUUCACUUGGUUGUAAUCUACAGCUUCACCACUGGAUUUCACUACAUCUGACAUAUUGAACCUUUAGAUGAAGAAGUGCCACGGUGUUUAAAAAGUAGAAUUUAUUUCUUCAGGAAUACAAGAAAGGGAUUCUGCCAUCAUGUCUUCCAAUACAAUAAUUCAUUUCAUAAAAGUUUACACUUUCGUGCUCCUAAGAUGCCUUAGUGGUUUGCAUUUAUAGAAGCUCCCAGUUUGUAAGACCCUAAAAAUCCCCCUCCAUGAACUGCCAUUAGAAAUAUAGUCUCACUUUUCUUUUAAUUCCAAUAUUUAAAAAAAAAAAAAAAAAGUUCUGUUAGGGUCACGCUGUCAAUGCUGCUACUGUUUGGCUCCCAAAGGGACUGUGGGCUAACUAGAAGAAAAGGAAAUGGAUCAUCUCCAGAUCUCGGAAGAACUACUGCUCUACUUCCCUUUGCCGUCAGUGGUGGCCUUCUGCUCUGCUGUGAAGCCUCAUGGCUGCUGCCAGGUGUCUGCUUACAGCCACCUACUGUGUGAAGAUGUCGAGUCUGCCUAUGUCUCUGGUGACAGCAAUCUAUUUCUGUCUUACUGACACCUGGAAGGUCAUUGCCACUACUACAUGGGUGCACUGCUCAGUCUGAUAUGCAUGAGCCAUUCAUUGCCUUUGCAAUGUCUAUUUAAAAAUGUGUUAAGUUUUGAUAUUCACUUUGUAAAGCCAACAUUACCAGCUGGUGUUUGAUCAUUGCACUGACUCUAAUGCCACAGAAUAACAUAUUUCUUCAUAUUUUCUAUCAUGAUAUAAAAUGACACUGUGCAUAAGAAUGAACAAAAAUUCAUUUUGUUUAUUCUUAAGCUAGAUGCACCAAAAUCUACUUUUCUAGAUGUUCAUAGUCAGUAUGUACAUAAGAUUGAUGCAUCCAUUUAUGCAUUAUACUGGUCUCACAGACAGACAUGAACAAAAACAUUACCCUGCUUCGCUGGCGCACAGGGUAUUUAUGUGUCCUGAAGUGUUUUGUAGAAUUACCAGGGUAAAUCCAUUAGAUCUGUAAAUGGGUUCACCACUUUCCCUGACGUAGGUUAGGGUGCAGUGUUAGCCUCAAGUUUUCUCAGUCUUAUUUCAGGUAUAUGGAAAAGUAUGAAAUGACCUUAUGGUUUGAGGUUAUGGUUACUGAGAGUAUUUUUUUUUUUUUAUUGAUGUUUGCUGAGCUUCUUAGUCAAACCAUGGGAACACUUUGUCUUGGCUGAGAGCUUCAUGGUGCCAUCCUCUAAUUUUCCAGCUGCUUUAAGACAAAGAUGCAAUGAGUUCAUGCCUUUAUAAAUCAGCCCUAAUAUGAAAUGAGUUAAACCAAAAUUAAUGAAAUGUAAAUGAUUAAGAAAAGCAAACUGCCCUGCAUCAUGUGUAUCACAUUGACUUGUGGGUUUCUAUGAAUGGUCACUGCCUCAUUUUUACCAUCUGUUAUUCCUCUGUCCAGCUGAUCUCAUGGUUGACAACUUCAUUUUGAGAUUUUGUAAGUCUUAUGAAUGUUGGAAUAGUAAUAUGAAGUUACAAUUUAAGCAUGUUUCUGAUUUGAAGCAAUUUAACAAUAUAUAAAAAAUAAAUACGUUACUGAGUAGGAGUUGAAGGUUCUGAGUUGACAGCCUCACAGUCUCCAAAAAACCUUUUUUAAUACCCUGAUGCUAGUGGGGUAAGGGAGAAUGUGACCUUAUGUAUUUAUUCAACUCAUGCUCUGUAGUUGUAAAUGUGUAAAUUAAACAAUUGUGUUUUCUGAA